CCGGGUCCCGGUGGCCAUGGCCGCCGCGGCCGCCAGCCUCCCGGCGGUGGUCCGCGCAGCGCAGAAGGACGAUUACUACCGCGGCGGGCUGCGGGCCGCGGCGGGCGCCGCGCUGCACGGCCUGGCGGGUGCAAAGAAGUGGCUGGAGUGGAGGAAAGAGAUUGAGCUGCUGUCGGAUGUAGCCUACUUUGGCCUCACCACACUUGCAGGCUACCAGACCCUCGGGGAGGAGUACGUCGGUGUCGUCCAGGUGGACCCGUCCCACAGCCGCGUGCCCUCGAGGCUGCGCCGUGGUGUGCUGGUCGCACUGCACACUGUCCUGCCCUACCUGCUGGACAAGGCCCUGCUCCACCUGGAGCACGAGCUGCAGGCUGACAGCACUGGCACCUGGCCCUCACAGGGCAGCCUGGCACCUGGCGUGCGCAGCCGGUCGGGGGCAAGGCGCUGGGUGCGCCAGCAUGCAGCCACCCUGACGGAGCAGCAGCAGAAGGCACUCCUGCGGGCCACGUUGGUGCUCAGGCAGGGCCUCAGCUGCCUCCAGCGGUUCCACGUCGCCUGGUUCUAUAUCCACGGCACCUUCUACCACCUGGCCAAGAGGCUCACGGGAGUCACCUAUCUCUGCGUCCGCCGCCCGCCUGCAGAGGAUCCGAGGGUGCGCACAAGCUACAGGCUGCUGGGGCUCGUCUCCUUGCUCCACCUGGCACUGUCCGUGGGACUGCAGCUGUACGGCUUCCAGCAGAGGCAGCGCGCCCGCAGGGAGUGGAAGCUGCAUCGCAGCCUGUCUCACCGCAGGAGCCACGUGGAAGAGAGGGCAGUUUCCAGAAACUCGGUGUGUACCCUGUGCCUGGAGGAACGCAGGCAUUCGACAGCCACACCCUGUGGCCACCUCUUUUGCUGGGAGUGCAUCACCCAGUGGUGCAACACCAAGACGGAGUGUCCUCUCUGCAGGGAGAAGUUCCCUCCCCAGAAGCUCGUCUACCUGCGGCACUUCCGCUGACCCGAUGAAGGAACCCAGGAGGCUGUCUUAAUGUCAGGAAAAAAACUUAAGUUAGUCUCAAGAUGAACUUUACUUGCACAGAAAUCACAAAAUUCUCAAAUUUCUAUUUUUUGUCACAUAAGAUAGUAUGCCAGCAGCUCAGGACAGAAGCUGGACCUGGCUGCAAAACAGCUGGUCCAGGGCCUUCAGGGCUGGGUUUGGGUACGAGUUCCACACCCAGCUCCGUUACCCCGAGCCUGGGGACGCUGAUGGCGAGACUCACCCAGGGGCGGAGGCUCAGCUGAGAGCCCCACACACCCCCACUGUGGCACAGUUUAGUCACUUCUUCAGGAACUUCACUCUUUGGACAAGGUUUUAGGUUCCCUACAUUUCCCAAACCAUACAGGUGAGAACUACCUUCAGAAAUAGGCCAGGACAAACUUUAUUCACUUAGACAAUGAAAAAAUGAUUCCACAUCAGGCGUGUGGUGGGGUCUGGCCUGAACCGGCAAGUGUCAAGGGAGAGCCGGGAACGGAGCAAUUUGCUUUCGACUGUGUGCCGGCCCCAGUGACCCGCAAACCUCGCCGUGGUCACCAGACCCAGGCUGCUGAGUGGCACAGGCACAUCGGCUCACAGGAGUAGGAAGAAACCAAGGACCUGUAUGUCCACCUAAAAUAUUUAGCACGUACCUUUUAGCACGUCAAGUUUGUUUCCCAUUUUAGAAAAAUGGAAAUCUGCAUCUUGGCCUUACACAAAAACCAAAAGGCCGCCUCCUGCUUAGGGUUGGUGGGGCAGAGCCAGUCUGAGUGACAAGUUCUCUUAAUGCCUAGGCCAUACACACUCACCUCUGUCAGGCUCAGCAAUCUCCCAGAGGCUGGGGGGCAGGACAGCUGCUUAUACCAGGUCACUGCUAUGUCCAGCCUACUUCCUGCCACCUUUUUGUUAUUUUCAGGAUUGUAAAACUAUUUAACUUGUGCCCGAGACAGGACCUUGCUGUAGGCGUCCUUAAAUGAAUUCCAUAGAAGCAUUAGUACGUUAAGAACACCUUCAGGGUGAACUGAACAUCAGGUUUCCUGAAGGGUGCUGUAAAGACGCCCUUGCCAGGCCUUCUGGCAGGAUGUUGUGUUCCCCUGCUGCAAGUGUCACACACAGACUGCUUUUGAGUGUGACUUAGUGGACACAGGUGUUCAGCACAGAGGUGGCCCCACACUCCGCAGUUACUAAAGGUCAGCCGCCAGACAGGCCGCUGUGACCACAGGCAGGACUGGAGUAGACCUCCAGACGGAGGGGCCCCGAGGGAGCGCCUCCACAGUUCCCGAAAUCCUCACCUAGGCUCUGACCAAGCGCACGCUAUUUCCCGACAAACAUUAGGCCUGAGCAUUUACUAGGAAAACUGAAAAAUGAAAAAAAUGCCUAGAGUUUGAAUACUUCAAAUGCUGCAACGUGGUAAUGAAAGUACUGAUUUGGAACAUCAUUAAUAUGAAGUUUAAGGUACAGGGUCAGGUAUAUAAUAGGAAUGGCCUCUUAAAAACAAGAGGAGCUCAACUUCAAAUAUGCAAAAAUCGGCAAAAGAAAACCCAGACAGGGUUGGCGUGGUGUAGUAGUUAAGCGCAUGCACUCUGCUUCAGCUGCCCAGUGUUUGCAGGUUCAAAUCCCGGGUGCGGACCAACACACCACUUGUUAAGCCACGCUGUGGCAGUGUCCCACAUAAAGUAGAGGAAGAUGGGCACGGAUGUCAGCCCAAGGCCAGUCUUCCUCAGCAGAAAGAGGACUGGCAACGGGCAUCAGCUCAGGGCUAAUCUUCCUCAAACAAAAGCCAGAUAGUAAACUUGUUCAAUGUCUAAAACCCCAAGAUGAUGGGAAACUGCUCAGAGUGGAAUCUGGCCCGCCUGAAGACUGGGGAGGAAAGAGAGUGGUUCAUAUUGCAGCAUGUGUGCCCCAGGGACACCAGUGGUCAUGUUUGAUGUCUGUUCUGUUGCUGUUGGCAAAAAUGGCUCGCCCUCCAGAGAGCCAACACUUCUCCGGGGUGGGCUGGCUUAUGUGCAGCGAGCUGGAUGCUUUACAUAAAGACUACGCGAGAAAGGGGACACUGUCUUUAAUAAAGUUGGAAUUAAAAAGUCA